AGCGCGUACUGGCAACUGCUAAAUUUCCGGUUCGAAUCACACGACGCGCAUAGGCUUUGCGGUCGAAGUGGUGGCACAGACGUGCUUACGUGUCUCUUCUUGUUGUAUGCUAUUCAGCAUGGCGGUGGAUAGCCGGAGGCAGCCCCUUCUGCACGGUGCGGUUGCUCUACUGCUUGUUACGGGGAUAGUGAUAGGGUUCAUCACCCCAGCGCAGAUUAGCACCUGCAGCGCCACAUGUCGUCGGCACCGGGGCAAUCAUGAUUGCGCGGGGGUAGUAUCCUGCCGAGCACAGCGACAGGUCGGUGGUGAUGCAAAGGCUGGUGUUGAAGCCGUUGGUACGGCAGCAGCAACGAGAGAAGAAAGCGAUUGCAACGACGAGCAAUCAAGCGGGAGGUGGCCUUGGCGAAGGAACAGCACCAGCAGGCGGCAGAGAGUGGGGGAGGCGGAAAAGAAGCAGCUGUUCACCUACGACUGGGACAAUGGCGACCGGGUCGUUUGGAGCGCCUCUAAGAGGAGCAACGUCGAGGUGGGCGAAGGAACACGUAAGCUAAAGGACUAUCUGGCUCUGCCGCCGACGGAGUACUCGCUGCUCGAUCCCAAGAUGAUCACCCGUUUGUCCGAAGAAACAUUCAGGAUGGAUGGCGCCACGAUGAGCAUUGUGGGGACGAAGAUCAAGCCCGUCCUCUUCGUUCGCGUGGAGGUCCAGCCCGAGAACAGCAUGGCAAACAUCAUGGUGGAGAGGGUCGAGCUGGAUGGGUCUGAGGCGGUCCGCAGCGCGGGAGGUUCCUUCAACGUUUCAUCAAGCACGGUGGUGUCUUGCGCAAAGAAAGAGGGCACUCCGGCGGACGCCAACAUCAUGGAACUCCGCGCGUCGUCGAACAUCGCGAUCGAGCUGCUGGUCCCGAACGAAAACUUCGUGCCCGUGGGCGUGCUGCGACGGGCGGGAAACUUCGUUAUGCAGCGAGUUGUGGACAUCGGCCUGCCCCAGUUUACGUAUUUCUUGAGGAGAGACUACGCUAGAUGGGCGGAAGGGGACGACGACAGGGCUGCGGUUGCCGCGGAAGGAGAGUCUCUGAUUGCGACAGACGACAUAUAG